AUGAGUGAAUUUGUAUCAACAUUGGAAGAAAAAGUUGAAUCAAAAGAACAGAAAAAUUCACUAGAUGACAAAUACUUAAAUACAAAAAAAGGAAUCUUUAAAUCAUUAAAUCACACUACAUGCAAUAAUAACUUAGUUUCUUUGAAUAAAUAUGAUGAAGAUGCAUUCGUUUCUAAAAAAAAUUGUAAUGAUACAGUGAAUACAGACAAAUAUAGUAAUGAUUUGGAAAAUUUUGGAAAAUUAAACAAUAUUAUAUCAGAAUUAAAAUUUGAUAAAAAUAUGUUGCAUAUAAAUAAAUAUGAAUUUGAAAACGAAGAGCUGUUCUCAAGUAUGAAUGAUCUUGCAGAAUCAAUAGAUACUAAUAAUUUAACUUACGACGAUGAAGAUGAAAGAGAAAAAAAAAAUGAUUUUAAUAAUAAUGAUGAUAAGCAUAAUUGUGAAGUUAUAAUAAGAAUAAAACCUAGAAAAAUGACAAAAAUAAAUGAAGAUGAAAUAAAAAAUUCAAGUUACCAUGAUGAUAAAAAUAUAAAAUAUAAUAAUAACUGUAUUUAUAUACAUAAUACAAAUUUCUUGUUUGAUAGAGUAUUUUCAGAAGAAACAAAACAAGAAGAAGUUUACUCAUAUUUAUCUAAUAAAUUUUUAAAUAAUUUAUUUGAAGGAUACAAUUGCACUAUUUUUGCAUACGGACAAACUGGUUCAGGAAAAACAUUCACUAUGGGUUUUGAUUACAUAAAUGAAUUUUCUGAAAAUACUGGAAUAUUACCUAGAUUUUUGAAUGAUAUGUAUAAAAUUAUAGAAAAAAAAAAAAAAAAUCAUAUUUAUUUUGAUGUAUCAUGCACAUACAUAGAAAUUUAUAAUGAGGAAAUAGUAGAUUUAAUUGAUUUUGAUGAGUUAAGUUAUAAUACAAAAGUGAAUAAGAAAAAUGGUAAGAAUAGAAAAAAAAGUAAAAUAAAUAAAAACAUAUCUAUCAGGGAAGAUAUUAAUAAAAAAGAAAUAAUAUUAAUGGGAGUAAAAAAUGAAAAAGUAGAAAAUGUUCAAGACAUUUUUUCUAUUUUACAUAGAGGAAAUUUAUUUAGAACAACAGAGAAAACAUUUAUGAAUGACAAAUCAAGUAGAUCUCAUGCUAUAUUUACAAUUAACUUAAUUCAAAGAAAAAAAAUAAUAGAAAAAAAAAAAAAAAAAGAAGACAAUAAUAAUGAAAGAAAUAUUAAUAAUAAAGAAAAAAGUGAAGAAGAUAAUGAUAAUAUUACUGAAAAUAUAAAUAAUGGAAAUGAUAUUACUUGCGAAAAUGAUAAAAUUAAUAAAGAAGAAAUAAUUUGUUCUAAAUUUCAUUUUGUUGAUUUAGCUGGUAGUGAAAGAGCUAAAAGAACAGAAACACAAGGUAAUAGAUUAAAAGAGGCAAUAAAUAUUAAUUAUGGCUUAUUAUCAUUAAGUAAUGUUAUAUAUAGUCUAUCUAAUUAUAAAAAAAGUCAACAUAUUCCAUAUAGGAAUUCUAAAUUAACAAGAAUUUUACAGGAUUCCCUCGGUGGAAAUAGCAAAACGGUUAUGAUUGCUUGCAUAAGUAUUAAUCCAGAAGACUUUUAUGAAACAUUGAGUACAAUUAAAUAUGCUUCAAGAACUAAAAAAAUUAAAAACAAUCCUGUAAUUAAUUACGAUGUCAAUAGUUUAGUUAUUAAUGAAUUAAGAAAACAAUUAUAUAGCUUAAAUUUGGAAUUAAAAAAAUAUAAAGUAGGAUGUAAAGAUAAAUGCAAUGAAUUAGAGAUCAAUAAUAAAUUUAAAGAAAUAGCAGAUCAAAAUAAUUUGUUAAUGCAAAAAAUUAAAAGUUUAAAAAAGAAAAGAAAAAAAUUAAUUUGUCUUAUAUUUUAUUAUUUAACAUUAUUAAAAAAUGAAAAUAAAUUUUCUUAUAAUGAAAUGGAAAACUCUAAUUUUAUAUUAAAACAUAAUUAUAUGCAUUUUCACAAUAAAUUAGAGGAUAACCAUAAUAAAAACUUUCACGAUAUAGAAAAUAUUCAUUUUAAAAAAAAUUAUAAUAAAAUUCAAAAAAGUAAGUCAUUAAAUAUGUAUGACUCUAAAACAUUUAAUAAUCAUAUGUAUUGUGAUGAUUUAAAAAAUAGUAACCGUAUUAAUAAUAUGAAGUAUUAUAAUUGGAGUUGUGAUUCCUUUUUUCUUAAAAAUAAUCAGAACAUUUCGGAUAACUCAAAUAAAAAUACUUUUAUUGAAUAUUACAAUUUAAUUUGCGAAAAAAAUAAAACAAACGGUCAUAAUUAUAGCUACAGAAAUAAUAAUAACGCUAUAACAAAAUAUAGGCCCGAUGUUAAAAUAAACAAUUCCAUCAGCAAUAAUAUAUAUGAUUCCUAUAUAAAUACUAAUGAUAACGAAAUAAAUAUUGAAAAAAAUAAUAAAAAAGAGCAUGGCAUUGUUAUAAAUAAUAGUUCUUACGAUAUAAAUAAAAUAGAGAAAAGUGUUUAUAAUGAAAAUAUUCCUUUAAAACAAAAAAUGAAUGAAAGCAGCAACGGAAAUAUAUGUGAAAGUGAAAAUAAUAAUAGAGUGAAUAGUAGUUGUAAUGUCGAUACAUCGAAUAUCAAUGACGCACUGAAUAAGAUGAACACGUUAGAAAAUAACUUCCAAUAUAAUGAUUCGUUUAAUAAAAAUCAUAAAAUAUGCGAAUUAUGUGAAAAAAAAAAUGUACUUGUAAAUGAUGAGUGUGAUUCCGAUUUUAAUUUUUUUGAAAAAAAACAUUUAUUUAUAAAUUUUGAAGAGGAUAAAAAAAAUGUAGAAAAAAUAUUCAGACAAUAUGAAUUGAAUCACUAUAAUGAAAAAAAGUUGAAAGACUUAAAUAAAAAAUAUAAUAUCAUAUUUGAGAAAAAUAAAGUAUACGAAAAAAAAAUUGAGGAAUUAAAAAAAAUGAUUAAAAAAGUGAAAAAAUAUUCAAAGACAGAUGAAAAAAAUAAAAAAAAAAAAAAAAAAAUAAAAAAAGAUAUGAGAAUAAAUCAUUAUAAUUCCAAUUUAUUGAAAAAAUUACUUUUUUAUCAUAUAAAUGAAUAUAAUUUUUCUUUCAAAUAUAAAAGAAAUUGUUUCAGUGAUAUAGAGUUUGAAAGAGAAAUAAAAAAUAAAAUGCCAACACAUUUUAUAAAAAAAAAUUGUUCCGAUACUGAAAUUAAUAAUAAAAAAAAUACAUUUCCCAGUUAUAUAAAAAAAAAUUAUAAUGACAAUAUUCAAAAAAUAGAUGUAUUGUACCGUACAUAUAUUGAUUAUAAAAAAGGGAAGUUUUCAUCAUUAAAUAGAUAUUGCAAUAGCUUAACUGUAAAUAACUAUGAAAAUAAUAGAGACAUUCUAGAGAAAAUCUAUAGUUCUGAAAAUGAUAGUUCAUCUAACUUUUUAUAUUUAAAUAACAUUGAUAAUAACUUCUUUGAGAAUAAAGAUAAAAUUAGCGAUUUUAUGGAGAAGGAAAAUGAAAAAGAAAAAAAAAUAAAAGGAACGAAUGAGUAUAAUUAUAAUAAAAAAUUAAAAAAAAACAAUUUAGACAUAAUAGAUUAUUUGGACAAUAAAAAAAUAAAAAAUAAUUACAUUAAUGAAAAAAAUACAUUUGAUAGUUCUGAAGAAGAUAUAAAUUACAACAACAUUUCCCCAAAAUUUCUUAAAAAUAAAUUGCAUAAGCUACAAAAAAUUAUAAAAGAGGAGUUAAGUAAAUUUAAAAGAGUUAAUAAAGAAAAAGAAGAAUAUAAUGCUAAAAAUGAACUUCUAACAAACAAUAUUAUGAAUUUGAAAAAAAAAUUACAUUUUUUACAAGUAAAUAGUCAAACAGAUAAAAAUUAUAAAAAAAUAGAAAAUAUGAAAAAUGAAAUAUUAAAAAUUACAAAUGAAAAAGAGAAAAUUCAAAAGAAAUUAAAUGAUAAUGAGCAAAAAAUAAAACAUUUAAAGGUAGAUAUUAUGAAAAUGAAAAAUAAUUUUUUAAAAACAAGUAAGAUUUUAAAAGAAGAACAAAGAAAGCACAAUAACAUUAUACGCAAAAAGGAAAACAUUAUAACAAAGUUGCAUGAAAGAGAAGAAAUUUUUAUAAAUAAAUUAAAAAAAAAAGAAGAAAUAAGUAAACAAGCAUAUUCUAAGUUAUUGAAAAGAAAUCAAGAACUUAAUGAAGAAUUAAGAAAAUUAAAAAAGAAAGGAGUAUAUAAUAAAAUGAAAAAAAAUAAAAGAAAAAAGGUUGAAGAGCAUUCUAUUGAUAUUAAUAAAAAAAAGGAAAUUACUUCUUCUAAAUGUACUGAUAAAAAAAAAUUAAAUAAAGUCAUUACAUCAGAUGAGCUAUAUGAUACUAAAGAUAAUAAGAAUUACGAAAUAAACAAUGAUUUUAUAAUUUCUUCAAGUAGUAUUUUAUCUAAUGAUAUAAAAGAUUCAUAUUUAAACUCAAUUUCAUCUUUUUGUAACUCAGAUGACUCUUUUUCAACUUAUUCUCCCUUUAAAUACAAUAAGGAAGAAAAUUUAUUUCAGCAUAAUUCUAAGAAGGAUUUAAAAAUUAAGAAUUACUUAAAAGAAUUUUUGAAAAAAAAGAAAAAAUUAUCUUCAAUUAAGUUGAAGAUUGAAAAAGAAAAAGACAUGAACAGAUACAUUAGAAAAAUUUUGCAAGCAUUAUAUUUAAAAAAGAAAAACGAAAAUGAGCAUCUUAAUCAGAAGAAUUAUUUACCUGGAGAAAAUUUUGAUAAAAAAAUGAAUGAAAUAAAAGAUAAUAUAAAAGUAAAAGAAAACGGUAAUUUAAAUGAGGAUCAAAAUACUGGUUUAGUUGAAAAUAAAGAGCAUAAUUCAAAUAAAUAUAAUGAAGAUUUAGUAUCUAUUAAAAGUUAUAUAAAUGAAUCAUAUAAAAAAGAGGUAGAUAAUCAUACAUAUAUAUGUCCUGAAGAAAAAAUUGAUGAUGAUGUUUUGUAUUAUGAAAAUAAGUUAAGCCAAUCAAAUGAACUAAUAAAAAAAUUAAAAAAGCACCUGAAUACGAAAAAAGAGGAAAGUAUCUUGCAAAAGAAUGUAAAAUAUUUACUUAAACAGUUAUAUUAUAAUUUUAAAAAAAGAAAAGAAAAUGAAAAAAAGGUAAAAUCUUUAAAAAAAUUCAUAUAUUCAGAAAAUUUGUUCAUAUCAAAAAUUUAUAAUAAUUUCUUUAAUCUUAAUAAUACAAUAAAUAACUAUUCAAAUGUAUCAAUUUACAGUAAUUAUUUAAAUUACAAUAAUGUUCAAUUUUAUUCCAACGAAAUAAAUAAUGCUCCUUCUAAAUCGAAAAGUAUAAAUUUAUCAAAUUCUCAUAAUUCUAAAGAAAACAAUGUCAUAAAUGAUAUUUUACUGCUACAUAAUUAUGAUAAUUGCAAAAAAGAAUUUUCAAAAAAUUUAAGUGUUUCAUUAUUUGAUAGCAAAAGGAGACAUACUUUUAGUAGUCCAAGAGAAUUGGGAGAAAAUGUUGAAAAAAAUAAUAAUACUAUAAAUUUAAAAAAGAGAAGCUAUAAAAGUAGAUUAAUGGAGAAUAUUUAUUUAGAUCAUUUUAAUAAAAAAAGAAUAAUACUAUCAAAAAAUAGCAAUUUUUAUGUUAAUAAUGAUUGUAUAAAAUAUAAUAAAAGAUAUUCAGAUUGCUUAAGUUUAAAUAAAAAUAUUAAUAAUUAUUCUUAUGUCAAUAAACCAAUGGCUGUUCUGAAGAGCUUAGAUAAGUUAUCUAACAAUUUUGAAAAGAUAAAGCAUAAAGAAAAUUUAGAAAAUGAAAAUUCUAAUUUAAUCCCAUUGAAUUCUGCAGAUAACAAAAAUCUAUAUAUUGAUAAAAAUAAUAGAAGGUCUUCAAGUGGCUAUAACCAUGAAAACAGUAAAGAAACUUUUGAUGAUAAAAAAUUCUUAGAUAAGAUAGAACAUAAUAUGAUUUGUAAUUUAAAUAUAAAAAGGAAAACGAUAGACAACUGCUUCCUUUAUUUAAAUAAAAUAAAUAACAAGAAUUUUUAUUAUCAUAAUGAUUUUUCAGAUUGCGACAAAGAAAAUAAAAAUGAAAAAAAAAAAGAUUUCAUUGAACUGGAAUUAAGGAACAACUUGUACAAUAAAUCCGAAGAAGCAAUUUAUGGAAUUAAUCCAAGAGAAAAUAGAACUUAUUCUUAUAGUAAUAUAUAUGAUAAACAACAUUCUUCGUAUAAUGAUUUUUUAACUUCUACCAAUAAUGUUAAUCUUUUAAAAAAUAAUAAAGAUGACUUAAUUUUUUCAAAUAAUGAAAAUAACCGCAGUAACAAAAAAGUUGUAAAUAACAAUAGUUCGGAUUCUAAUAAUUUAAGUAGUAAUUCCUAUAUUCAUAAAAUUAACAUAAAUGACAAUCAUGAAGUGAAUAACAUAUUAAUAAAAAACAUUAUUAAUAAUGAUGAUUAUGUUUUAAAUAAUAGAUUAGGGGACGAUGAAUGCAAUAUUUCAUAUAUAAAAAGUAGAGCAGAAAACUCAGUAAUUAUGGGGCAAACAAUUUCUGUAAAUGAUAAUAGCAAAAACACAACAAAAAUAAAAAAAAACGUUUUAUAUGAUGAGUACAAAGAAUGUUUGAAAGAAAAUAAAUUUGAUUCUAGUAUUGUUUCAAGAAAAAUGAAUAAGAAUGAAAAUGAAAAAAAUACAAAUUUAAAUAUAAUUCUUAAAUUAAAUACCCCUAUUUCUGAUGGAAUAAAAAAAAAAGAACAAAAAAUGUGUUAUAUAAAGGCAAAAAAUUGUGAUAACAAAAAAUCCAACGAACAUAAUAAGAAUCUUUCUAAAGAAAAAGAUAAGAAUUUAAAUGAUUUUUUAGAUCAAGUCAAUUUUAUGAAAAAAGAAAAUCUAACAGAUGAAGAAACAAAGAUUAAAAAAAAGGAAAAUAAUCUAAUAGAGGAAAUAAAAAAUGAAAAAAAUAAAAAUUCGAUUGAUAAUGAAGCAAAUAUAGUAAAAAAAGAAAAUAUAAAUAAUAUAGCUAUAGGAAAUAUUAAAGAUAGAAAUAAUUCUGAUUUAAUAAAUAAAAAUGACAUAAUAAAUAAAGCAUAUUCCACACAGUUAGAUGAAGAUACAGGAAUAGUUAAAGAAAAAGGAAAUAUUAAAUAUAAUGAAGUAUUUGAAAACAAUUUAAUUUCCGGAGUAAAUAAAUAUGAUAUGGAAAAAAAGGAAAGAAUAUAUCAAGAUAAUAUAAGUGUCUCCAAAAAUAAAAUAAAUGAUAUACCAACAGCUGCAUCAACAAAUAAUUUAAAUAUUGUAGAUAAUGAAUUAGAAGGAAAAUUAAUUAAUAAUGCUAAUGAUAUAAAUGCACGUGAUAAUUUAAUUGUCCAAAGAAAUUUUAAAACGACAUGCAUAAAGAAUUGUCACAAAUAUGGAGUGAGUGGAUUAUGUAUUAAAGAAAUGAAUAGUAAAAAAUUAAAAUUUUUAAGUAGCUCAAUAAAUAGCAUAAAAUUAUGGGAUGAUAGCAAAGUUAUAUGGAAUUAUGAUCAUAAUAAUGUUUUAAAAAACGAAAAAAGUACAUUUAUAAGUAGUUUAAUUAUAUCUUUUCAAAAUAAUUGUUUUUUCGCAGGCAUUAACAGUUAUGUACAUUUAUUUGAUAUUAGAAUGAAUCCUAAUUUUAUGCAAAAAUACUAUUACAGUGAUAAAAAUGAUUCUAGUUUAUUGGUUUCCUUGCUAAAUAAUAGAUCAGAUUAUAUCCCUCUAUUGUUAAGAAAUCAAAACUUGUUAAAUCCAAAUAAUAUAGAAAACAAGAGUGAUGAUAGUAACCAAAAUUCUUUCAAAAAUUAUUAUGAUGAUUUAUAUAAAAAAGAAGAGAAUUGUAAAAUAGAAAACAAUGUGCAUGAAAGUAAUUUCUCAGUAAUAAAUGAAAGUUGUAAUGAUAAUGAAAACUAUUAUUUAAAAACAAAUAGGGAUGAAGAAAAAAGAAAAAAUUAUAGUAUAAACAAUGAAAUAGAUUUUGAUGAGAAUAUAAAAGAAAAAUUCAAAGCAGUAAAAGAAGUUGAGAAAUUUCAAUCAGAGUAUUGUAUAUGUGCAUGUGGAAGUGAAAAUUUUAUAAAAGUUUUUGAUAUUAGAAAAAAUGAUGAGACUAUGUGGCUAGCAAAAGUUCCAAUAACAAAUAAAAUUGAAUAUAUAACUCAUAUUCCGAUAAAAAAAAAUAUAAAAAACGUUAUAAAAGAUUCUAAUAUAUUAAAAAAUAUAAUAAUAGCAAGUAGAGAUAAAACUGUGAAAAUAUGGAAAAAAGGAUGGGUAUCUUUUUAUCCUCCUUCUUAUGAUUGGUGUACUUCUCUUUCUCACUUUAAUGUAAAUGAUUUAAUGAGAAACAAAAACUUCUUUAAUUUUAUUGAGAAUUCUAAUGAAAAUAAAGAUGCGUUUAAUUAUGAUUCAUUAAUUGUAUCUGGAAGUAGAGAUUCUCAUCUCCGUUUUUGGCUUUAUUCCAAUGACAAUAAAACAAAUGAAUUUAAUAGAUUUAUGAAAAUUAUUAAAAAUGCCCACUUAGUAGAUAUAACAAGUAUAUGUAAAUAUAAAAAUAAUAACCUCAUAACAACAGACAGGGAUGGAUUUAUACAAAUGUGGAAUUGCAAUUUAUCAAUUAAUGACAACGAAAAAUCAUUGCUAGACUUAGAGUUUUAUAAUAAUCAAAUAAAUUUGACAGUAAAUAAAAUAGGAAAAACUUUUAGGCACUCAUCGAAUGCUAUCAAUAAGAUUGCUUGUUAUGAAAACAAUUUUAUAACUGCUUCUAGUGAUGGAUCAGUUAAAUUGUUUUGUGAAAAAUAA